AUAAACAAAUUAUCACACACUUUUAAUUGAUUAAAAAAAAUGGACAGGCGGGUGAAUGAAGCAGUUUUCAGAGGAGAUGUUGAAGCCAUUCAAAAACUGAUUGAAGAAGAUUCCAACAUAGUAAAACAAACCAUUGAGGGUUCAUUACAACACACCAUAUUGCAUCUAGCAGCUAGACUUGGCCAUGUUGAAUUGGUGAGGGAGAUUGUCAAGUUGUUCCCGGAGAUGGUGUCAGCGGAGAACCGGGAUCAGGAGACGCCCUUACAUGAAGCAUGUAGAGAAGGGAGAGUAGAAAUUGUGAGAAUUCUGGUUGAGAAUGAUCCAUCGAUUGCUUAUAAGUCAAAUUUGUGGGAUAAGAGUGUGCUUUAUGUAGCAUGUGAGAGAGGGAGGAUUGAAGUGGUUAAGUAUUUGUUACAUAAUAAUAAUAUGCACAUGUUGUUGAUACUUGAAGUCGAUAUGUCCACUACUUCACUUCAUGCUGCAGCUUCAUCAGGCCAUACAGAAGUAGUGAAGGAAUUGGUUAAAGUUCGAGCUGAUUUUGCUUGGAAAAAGGAUGAGUUGAUGAAUGGUUGCAGUCCUUUACAUAUAGCAUGCAGCAAAGGGCACUUAGAUAUAACAAGAGUGAACAUUAUAGCUGAGAUACUCUCAGUGAGUCUUGAAUCUUCUGAAAUGACAACAAAACAUGGUGAGACUAUUCUUCAUUUGGCUGUCAAGAACAAUCACUUUGAAGUACUCAAGUUCUUGAUGGAGUCUCUUGAUGUUUCAAAUCUCAUGAAUUUUCAAGAUACUGAUGGAAACACCAUUCUACAUUUGGCUACUGUUAGGAAACUCACCACCAUGAUUAUUUAUCUACUUAAGCUUGGUGUUGAAGUAAAUGCUUUGAACCAAAAAGGAUAUACAUCAUUAGAUGUAGUUGAAGCAGAUGCAAGUAACUCUGGUGCUCUUGCAAUCAUCCCUGCAUUACAAGAAGCUGGUGCCAAAAGAUGUGACCAAUUACCACCAAAUUUUCAAGACAUCCAACAGGUAGAUGCAUCACCAAUUUUGGGAUCGCCAUGGCAAAGAAAAACUACUAGCUUUCUGUCUCCGUCCUCAUCAUCUCAACAUUCGUAUUACAAUAAUAAUCAUCAUCAAAGGAAGCGCAACAACAAUAAUUAUCGCGCUACUAGGACAAAAAAAAUCAAGCUCCAAAGUGAAGGUCUAAGGAAUGCAAGAAAAACGAUAACAAUUGUUGCAGUACUAAUAGCAACUGUGACAUUUGCUGCUGGUGUUAAUCCUCCUGGUGGAUUUAAUCAAGAAAAUGGAAAAGCAUUAUUGGGUAAAAAAACCGCGUUUAAGGUGUUUUUGAUAUGUAACAUUGUGGCACUUUUCCUUUCCCUUGGAAUUGUUAACGUCCUUGUUAGUGUUAUCCCAUUCAAGAGAAGAACAAUGAUGAAAUUAAUGGUGGCAACACAUAAAGUAAUGUGGAUUUCUACAUUAUUUAUGGCAUCAGCUUAUAUAGCUGCAAUAUGGUCAAUAUUGCCACAAGGAAAAGGGGAUCAUUGGGUGCUAAUUGAAGUUGUGAUCAUAGGAGGAGGGUGCACUAUGGCUGUGUUUCUAAGUUUGGGUAUUUUGUUAGUGAGACAAUGGAAAAGGAAGAGUGAAUGGAGAAAACAAAGAGAGGAUCAUAAGAAGAUGAAAGAUGGAAGUCCUAAGAGUAAUACAAGUACAGUUCAAGAAAUGAAAGUGGUGAAGAAAGAAAGUCAUGAAGGUAGUACCAACUCAGACGUUGAUAGCUCAGAUCAUGGUUACCAUUUGUUUUAAUUACCUGCAUUCAUAGAUCUAUUAUCGUAAGUCUUUAAAGUAGAAAAUAAUGUAUUAGUUUCGGAAACAGCCUCUCUAUCUCCACGAGGUAGUGGUAAGGUCUGCUUACAUUCUACCCUCUCCAGACCCUAUUUAGUGGGAUUUCACUGGGUAAGUUGUUAAUAUAAACCAAUA